AUGGAGACUCAAGCUUUGGAACCAGGGACUCGGGAAGCUUAUAGUGCCACCAGCCACCUCCCUAACAAGGGGAGCCUGUCGAAGACCAAAAAGAACUUCAAAGACUUGAUGUCCAAGCUGACAGAGGGACAGUAUGUGCUCUGCCGGUGGACAGAUGGGCUGUACUACCUCGGCAAGAUCAAGAGGGUCAGCAGUCCUAAGCAAAGCUGCCUCGUGACGUUCGAAGACAAUUCCAAGUUCUGGGUCCUGUGGAAGGACAUACAGCAUGCUGGUGUUCCAGGAGAGGAGCCCAAGUGUGACAUCUGCCUGGGGAAGACGUCAGGGCCCAUGAAUGAGAUCCUCAUCUGUGGGAAGUGUGGCCUAGGUUACCACCAACAAUGCCACAUCCCCAUUGCCGGCAGUGCCACCCGGGCCCUCCUCACUCCUUGGUUCUGCCGACGCUGCAUCUUCGCACUGGCUGUGAGGAAAGGCGGCGCGCUGAAGAAAGGCGCCAUCGCCAGGACGCUGCAGGCGGUGAAGAUGGUGCUGUCCUACCAGCCCGAGGAGCUCGAGUGGGACUCGCCCCAUCGCACCAACCAGCAGCAAUGCUACUGCUACUGCGGCGGACCCGGAGAGUGGUACCUGCGGAUGCUGCAGUGUUACCGGUGUAGGCAGUGGUUCCAUGAGGCUUGCACACAGUGCCUCAGUGAGCCUAUGGUGUUUGGAGACCGGUUCUACCUGUUCUUCUGCUCCGUGUGUAACCAAGGCCCAGAGUAUAUCGAGAGGCUGCCCCUGCGCUGGGUGGACAUAGUUCACCUGGCCCUCUAUAACCUGGGAGUACAGAGCAAGAAGAAGUACUUUGACUUUGAGGAGAUUCUGUCCUUUGUCAAUCAGCACUGGGAGCUCCUGCAGCUUGGCAAGCUCAGCAGCACCCCUGUGACAGAUCGAGGACCGCUUCUCCUCAAUGCUCUCAACAGUUACAAAAGCCGGUUCCUGUGCGGCAAGGAGAUUAAGAAGAAGAAGUGCAUCUUCCGCCUGCGCGUCCGCGUCCCACCCACCCCUCCAGGAAAGCUGCUCCCUGACAGGGGCCUGAUGCCAAGUGAGAGAGGGUCCUCUGAGCUGCUUCGUAAGAGAGGAAAGAGCAAGCCCGGCUUGUCGCCUCAUGAGUCCCAGCAGCAGAAAAGGCGAGUUUAUAGAAGAAAGAGAGCAAAGUUUUUGCUGGAAGAUGCUAUUCCCAGUAGUGACUUCACCUCCGCCUGGAGCACCAACCACCACCUGGCCAGUAUAUUUGACCUCACCCUGGACGAAAUGCAGAGUUUAAAGAGUGCCGGCUCAGGCCAGAUCCUCUUCUCAGACGUGGACUCCACCGACGCAGCCAGCACCUCCGGCUCGGCCUCCACCAGCCUCUCCUAUGACUCCAGAUGGACAGUAGGCAGCCGCAAGAGGAAGUUGGCAGUCAAGACGUACAUGCCCCUGCGGGCAAAGCGUCAGGCAGCUGAACUGGAUGGACGCUGCCCCUCAGACAGUAGUGCGGAGGGAGCUCUGGGCCCAGAGCAGCCAGACGAAGGUAUUGACAGCCACACGUUGGAAAGCAUCAGUGAAGAUGAUUCCUCCUUGUCCCACCUCAAGUCAUCUAUCACCAACUACUUCGGUGCAGCUGGGAGGUUGGCCUGUGGGGAGAAGUAUCAAGUGUUGGCUCGGAGGGUCACACCAGAAGGCAAGGUUCAGUACCUGUUGGAAUGGGAAGGGACUACCCCUUACUGA